AUGAUAGCUAUGAUAAGGAUCGAAAAAGAAAGUCGAGAAGCCGCAGUCCGCGUCGGAAAAAGCCCGAGUGCUCGACAAAGAAGUCGAAGUCCACGCGAUCGUGAAAGUCGCACUUCUAAUCGAGAUAAGGGCAAUGAGGUAUCUCCAUUACGUCAAGUAAAGGAAGAACCUCCCUCGAGUGGCGAAGAGGAACGGCCAGAGAAUACAUCGGAUAAGCAGUUACAAAGAUUAGCUGGAGGACGUGAAAGUCCGGAACGAUCAGAACAUGAAAGUUUUUCUGAUUCCAGUUCAUGUGAUUCCUUCAAGUAUAA